AUGUUUGCCGCCAUUCGGCACAACCAGCCGACCUGCCUUGACCUCAUCCUCACACACGGGGUGGACUUUCGGGCCAGGGACUUCUUCCUCAACAAAGGGGUGCGACAGCCCAUGGCCACCGUACACCUGGCUGCGGCGCUCGGCAUGUCGGACUGUAUCGACGUGCUGAUGCGGCACGAGACGAGAGCCUAUGCCGACAAGUCCAACCGUGUGUCCGGGAUACGGUUCUACAGGCACACACGCGACAUGGACGGCGUCAACUGCUGGAAAACACCGAUGAUAUUCGCAGCAGAGAACGGGCACCACGAGACCAUAUGCCGACUAAAGAAACACAGCAUCAACAUAGACGGCACGAACACGUACAACCACUUGAGCUCCUGUAUAAGGUUUGGAGCUGUAGACGCCAUAUUUGUCUUGUGUCAACAUGGCGCCAGAUGCUACUCAAAACCCACUGAUAAGUUCACUCCGGAAGGCCCCCUUCACCACGCCAUCAAGACGGGAAACAUCCGUAUUGUAGAACUCAUGCUCAGAACGCUGGGAACAGUGGACUGCAGACCGAUGAUUACCGACCAGACGGACGAACAGGUGGCAGAGCUACUGAGGAAAGUGUCGUCUGCACCGAGGACGCUGAGUCAUCUCUGUCGUCACGUGAUCAGACGGUUGCUGGGAGAAAAGAGAUGCUACUUUGGAGUUGAACUAUUGCCACUCCCCAAUAGACUGAAAUGUUUUGUCAAAUUAGUAGAGUAAGAGAAGAGAAGGGAAAUGGAGUGAAAAUUUGCAUAUAAUCAGUGAAAAAAGAAAAUCUAGCAAAUCAUAGUGUUAGAUAGACAGUCACAGGUGGUCAAAAGCAUUGGGCAUACUGAGCUACUGCUUGCAACGACAAUAUAAUUGAACUUUCUUGCGAAUUCUGCAACACCGGGUUAAGUAAAGAUCAGAUGUUAAUCUAUCUAUUCCCUACUUGCUAGAGUUCUAUCUGUACAUACGAUGAGUCCAAUAAAAGACCAUUUUAAUCGAUUAAUCUAUUGCAAGACAAAAAAAGGAAAGGAUUGGUUAUUGAACUCAGUCGAAUGUUUAAAAUGACAGCAUUUCUACAUUAUGAUUACGAUAUCGAAUGCAAUGCUUUCCAACGAUUACUUUCAAAAAUCAUAUUUGGCUAGUACUUCUGAGUGUGACUGUUUUUCUUUCACUAUCGCCGCAUUGAUCAUGAUUAUUUCUGCAAACAG